AUGUUAGCAUUCGGCACCAUAUUGCUACUUCAAAGCAUACCACUACUACUGGGCUAUCCAGCUUAUAGUUGGAACUCCUCAAAUGUCUUUAAGAUAGGUCAUAUUUUGAAAAAAAUUGAUUUGGAACGAAAAAUUAACACGUUUGUCAUUGUGAACGCGUACAAUUCCCGGUCUAGUUGCCUCUGUGACGAAGAUAUUAAAAUACUCAGCGCAAACACGACGGUUAAGCUAUUGAAAGCGGUCAGUCCCAUCCCAACAUCCACUGGAUUCGCCAACAGUGAACUGCUUUUAAUCCGUUGUCUACCGGAGAGUUUUUCACCUGAGCUUUUUGAAUCAAUGCUCAACAGUCUUCGGAAUAGGCGAUAUGUUCGCAUGCUUUUCAUUUGGAAUGAGGAGUACACUAGUGCAUCGAGUGAGAAGCGUCUUCAGUUACAGAAACAGCAACAACUCCUCUUCAAUUAUUGCGCCGAAAAGCGUCUACUGAAUGUAAUCGCCAUAUACCAGGACUACUUGAAAGACGGACACUUUUACACAUUCAGCUAUUUUCCACAGUUCCAUCUCGAACGUAAGUCGUUGGAUGAGGAUUGCUUUCCUAAUCGUAUACGAGACUUAAAAGGUGUAGCCUUACGAACUCUGCCCGAUCAGCUCGAGCCUUGGAGUAUUGUGUGGCGCGAUCGAAAUGACGAGAUCCAAAUCGGUGGAUUUUUGACUAAAAUUGUGCGAGAGUUUGCUAAACGAAACAACGCCACGCUCACCUAUCCAGUUCCUCUCGAAACGGAUGUCUUUGUUGGAAUAGGAACUUGGGCUCCUCUUUUACAAAAUGACACGGUCGAUGUAGUAUGUGGAAUCACGAUUGCGGGAGAUGGAAACGAAUUUCUUGAUGAAACUGCGCCCGUGAUGAUAGUGGAUUGGACAAUUAUGCUACCCCUGCCUGCACGAAUACCCGAUAGCGAAAUAUUUGUGUUCCUUCUCAAUUCAGUAUUGGGUCUAUUGCUACUUAUACUACUCUUUGUCUUCUCUUCCGCAUUAACCUUUGAGAGUUUGGUUAUGCAGCGCCGAACAUCAACCGAAAGCUUUUUCUUCUUCCUUUGGACGCUCACCAAUGUUGUCCUUCGUGGAAUAAUUGGCCAACCGUCGUACGUUCAAGUACAUAUUUCAGCAAGGUUCUUAAAACGCUUCUUAUAUAUGAUUCUCUUCCUGAGCGGGAUUUUCAUGAGUACAUUGAUAAGUGCAAGUCUUCAAUCGUAUCUGACCAGCAGUCUUCGAUAUCCUCGCGUAAACGAUAUGAAAGACCUCUACUUCUCGGGAAUGAAAAUCAAAAUAAGUCAAUAUGAAUACUACUUACUUCCUAGAUAUUUUUCGCCGUAUUAUCUUAAUGCCUUAGAUAAAGUACUCGAAAUCGUCCCUUCAUUUGAUGAAAUCCAACGGCAGCGUACGAUACUCGAUGCACGCUAUGCUUUCACAAUACUCAGCCCAAUGUGGUCUGUCAUGACCAAGUAUCAAUCUCAUUUGCGCCAACCGCUUUUCUAUGUGAAUGAAAACCUUUAUCUAAGUAAGGGAAUACCGAUGGCGAUACCAAUGCAAACGAAUUCAAUUUUCCUGCAGGCCCUAAACAAUAUGAUUCACGAAAUCCAAAGCGUGGGAUUGAUGAAGUUGUGGGCCAAUCAGGUGUACGACGAUAUGGUGGCGGCAAAAAAACUCAACAUCACUAGCGUAGUCAACGACGUGAGAAGAGAACAAUUGGAUUUAAAUAGCUUCUACUGGCUGUGGUGGAUGUAUGGCGUCGGUGUGAUUCUAUCAAUCCUGGUGUUCCUCGCUGAACUAUGGUAUUAUGAACGAGCGAAGAAGAAGAAUUUGGCUAAGCAGGAAAGUCAAUAG